UCUAUUGUACUGUACGGAAAUAUACUAUACUCUACUUUAAUGUACUCUGCUGUGAUCUACUGUGCUGUACUGUGCUCCAAACCUGUGAAACUUGGACAUCUAUGUUUAGGCCAAAUCAAAUUUCAAUGUCUUUUCAACGUCCAGGGACGUCGGUGUCGGACGGUGCUCACUGGAAAUACUCACUUAAAGAGGAUCCUGCAUUAUAGCUCUUGACAGGAUUUGUGAGAAGAGCAUGGAACAGCCGAGCACUUUAAACACUCAACGCUCUUUUUAUCCCUCUAUAAUGCAACUUUAAUGUAUUCUGAUUGAAAAGUGCCCAAGGUCUUUUUUGUACUUCUAAUUUCCAUUUCUAAUGGUACAAGGGGAGAGAUUAGUAAUUAGGCCAGGGCCCUUUAAAUGCAUGUAAUAAGUGUUGGUUGUACUGUACUAUAGGUUGCCCAUAUAAACCUUAUGUUGAUGAUCAUGGAUAGCGUCUCGAUUAAUUUCAACGCAUGUUGACUUUUAAUGGCAAUUUAUCUAAGAACAUUGUUUUUCAUGCUGCUUGUCCUUGAAUUGGCUUUACAAUUUGAAGAUAACAUCAUGGGAAUCUUUUAAAUAAUUGACCCGAAGCAUUAUUUCACGGCAACUACUAAUCUUAUUUUCCAGUGACUAAUUAGGCCAGUUUGUGACAGAAGUUGGUAAACUAGUUUGUUGAGGACAUGUUGCCUCUAGUUAUUAGUUUGAAGGUGGAUAUAGAAGUCUUAUAGAGGAUUAAGACAGUAUACUGGGACACUCAAUGGGCUUACAUCUAUAGGCUACACCACCCAGACCAACGUAAAGGCAAUAUACAGGAAGUUAUUGCCUGGAAUGGUUGGAAUUUUAAAUGGUGGCAGUUAAUUUCCAUACCUAGACUAUUUUUUAUGGUGUUUUUGGGAAAGCAUCAUGAAGGCAAAGUAGGCGGCUUGGUCAAUCAUGCCCCUGAACAAAGACCACAACCAAAACAAUACUGCCCCCCUGAUGUCAUUUAAACAUACUGCAUCUCUCUCUUUCUCACUCUCUCUCUCUCUAAAAGUUCCUAUAAUACAAUGUAAAUGUAAAGUAAUUCAACAGGUGAUGACCUAUCAAGAAAGGUGACUAUACACAGAGCUGGUGGCAUGAACUAUCAUGAAAUAUAACCCAAAAGUAGAAAGGGGGCCACACCUGUAACCUCAUAUUUGCAUUUGAACUGUACCUUCUAUAAUUCUAAAUCAAGGUUUCUAACACUAGCAUGGGUAAUCGGGUUUACACUGUACCUCUGUUAUAAGCAGAGGUCAAAGCAUCCUUUCAGCUGAACGUAUUGAAUCUGAAUGGCUUUCAUACCCAACAUCACAAAAUAAACAAGGCAAGGUCUUUCUUGGGCAACAAUGAAUAAGAGUGGAAGCAUCCACCAUACUCCAGUCCCGUUCACUUUUAACAGUGUGUGAUUGCCUCAGCAGGCUAUCAAUCGUGAUCUGAGAGGACAAAAGAUGCCUUUCUAUCAAUUAGACUGAGGUGCUGUGAGUGUGGCUUAGAGUGCUGGUUUAAAAUCAGGUGAUUCAGCUGCUCCUCCAAUCAGUUCUUCCCGUUUUCAGACCACUGAGCUCGGUUCUCAGUGAAUGAAACUGAAGUACUCUCGAUUACAAUUUGAAAAGGCCCUCUUUCUUCCAACCAACACAUUAUAUUCCUCCAAAUGUGUACAGAGCACAACGCGCUGCACAGAAUAUUCACCUAGCCAUUAAGGAAAUGGAUGCAUUUUGCCAUCAACAUGGUAAUAAGUAGAUCAUUUCACAAAUUAAGCAUCACCUCCUUCUGUGAUAUCUCUUUGAAAUGCUAUUAAAGGAGAAUUUUCAUUUGCAGCACUUCAAAGGCUGAGCAGCACUUUUCCUUUAUGUAAUGCUGGCCUUUCAUUUGGAACUUUCCAUUUUAGAACAAUGCCACUUCCAUUGAGGCUGAUACGGGUAGGACUCUCAACACAACCGGGCAAUAUUGUGUCUCAAACAAAAACAAAAGAGGACAACACUGCAUGCAUAUUCCACACUGGUUCAAUUAGCAGCUCAAAAAUCAACAGCACUCAAAUUGUUCUCCUACGGUGGUCAACCACUCAGUGCAAAAUCAAAGGGUAAUAAUACAUUAAUUUAAAUGAUAAUGGGGAUGAGGUGAAACAAAUGGAGUGGAUAAAAGCAUUACCGGGCACAAUAGACGGGUUAGCUGACAACAUCACAAAAACGAUGCGCAUUGCUUAAUGGGUCAGAAGGCCAUGUGUUGUUGAGAUUCUGGAUGGCCAGAUAGCUAGAAACAAUGACAAGAAGCUGCUAUAUGGGGAAUCGUUGGUGCCUCGUUUCAGCUAGUUUUAUCUUGUUCUUGAUACCAUGUUUUGUAUUGAGGUGUUUUGACUGAUGUCACGUUUAUGCUAAUAUGCAGGGCCGGCUCCAGGGGGCCAACCAAAUCUCGCUUAGGGACCCGAAAGGCUUAUGCCUAUUUCUGAGUAUUUCCUGUGUUUACUUAGAAUGUAAUAUAACUUCAGGACAUCAGGGCCAGAUUAGGUAUCAGUAGGUGCCAAAUCUCAGGAAAAAAACAAAUACGUUAUACGUCUGAAUAACUGUGUCGUUCCACCAAUUAGGUGCCUUUUGAGUAGUGUAACUUGGGGAUUUUUUUUGUUGUUGUUGAUUUCACCUAAUUUUAGUGUUCUGUCAUUAAGAGCCCAUGUUCAAUUUAUUAAAAAACAUUUUCCCAUCUCAAGAGUUUAAAUUAAAAAAGGGACUAUAGUAAGUGCCUAUUCAGCUAAAUAAAGUAACAGUGUUGACUAUUUCAUCUUAAAUCAGCAAUAAAUCCCCCUGUGACAGGGGGAAUGGAAGACUGUUGUGUGCAACAGGGAGGGGCAAUUGAAUGCAAGCUUCACAAUAAAUUGUAAUUGUGGAAAAAUGUCUAGCCUCUCUAUUUAUGGGUAACAGGGUUGACGUGUUACACUCAACCCACUCAGUUUUCCACCGCAAAACCAGUGCCUAGAAAAAAAGAGUAGAACCAGCUCACCUGCAUUUACACCAUGAUUUGACUAUUAGAUGUUCAAUGUUUCUUUAAAUUCUUUAGAAAAAAAAAGAUGUAAAAAGGAAUAGUAUCACCAUAUUAAAACUAGAGUUCAGUUCAGUUCACGUAACAUGGUUGACCUUAAAAUCAGGGACAGGUUGUUUUUUUUAACCUUAAAAUUAAUCCCUAAUCACAUGAAAUCAAUAAUGCACUUUAGAAAUGACUUUGUCAAAGCAACAGAUUUCAGGGUUAAAUGGGUUUAAAUCUCCAUAGAAAUCACAGAGGAUGCACAGAGGGAAAUAUCCACAUGCUGAUUUAUUGCAUUUUCCAUGUGGUCUAUAUUAAAGGGAACUUCAUAUAAUAUAACAGGCUUAAACAAUUAUAUAUUUGCGCACAAUUUCUAUUUAAAAUAUCAAAGGGACCCAAAAGGCACUCAUUUCGUGGAACGACCCAGCUACAGCCCAUUUAUCUGGUAAUGCUUGUACUUUCUAAAGCUAAAGCAGGAAGAAAAUGUACCAUGUAACGUUGGAGUGCUGGACUAGAGUGACAAUCUGCACAUAAGAAGUAACUUAUACAACUGUGUACAUACCCUCAACUACUUAUUUUCCAGUACACUUGCCGCCAUUGUAUUUCAAAGAUGGCUCUCUAGCACCACCAUGCGUUUCAAUGGAGGUUUUGGGGUUCUAUAUGACAGAUUUCACAUUCCAUGAAAUGCAAAAGCUUGACUUAGGAUAUAAUGUAAUUCAUUGAAGGUGUUCUAAAGAUCUAUUGAAAUGAAUGGUUAAUCAUAAGGAUUUUUGUGUCCAAGAAAAUAUGAUUGCUUGUGGUACAUGAUGAGAACCAUAUGCACAAAUUCUAAAGUUGUUUUGUUGAAAAGUGCAUACUCACCGAGGGAGGGGCAACAUUCAGUUGAACACAUGAUUUGAAAGAGGUCCUUAGGGGUCGAUCAGAUGACACCAGUAUGACUAUAGUCAGAGUACAUGAAAGGUUAAUAAACAGUAAACAGAGAAAGGUAGACUCAUGAUGAUAAAAAUUUCAAAUGUUCAAAUUGUUCAUGACUGUGGAGAUGAAACACCUACUGAACUAUGCCUUUUUGCAUUAAAAGCACCAAAGUUGAAAUUCAUGCCUUCUGCCAGAGGGCAGUUUUAGAAAGCAAUGGUAGAGUUGAAAGUGGUGUGAAUAAUGUCAAAUAGUUACAGUUACUGUGGUACUUCUGUGGUUGGGAAUGAGCAUCAGAUGAACGGUAGGAGAAAAAACGGCUUAUCUUGUCAAAUGAUCAAUUGCCUGGAGGCCCAAUACUUUUUUUUUUUUCUCAUCUGCUACCAUGGGAUCUUUAACUGAGGGCAAGCAUUGUGCAAACAUAUGAACACCAUUGUUCUCGGGGUUCUUAAAAGACACAGGGUGGGUAUUUUUAUCACUUGUCCCCAGAAAUCUUAGUUUAUGAUUUCUGGGAAGAACGGUUGAAUUUACUGGAGGCCUGUAGCCCACUGUCAAUGCUGUCUGUAAUUGUGCUGAAUGGAUUGGAAAUUACGAAGUGAGCCUUGAAUUUUUAUUUUAUUUUUAAAUGGGAAAGACAAAGACCAUGACAUUGAAUUAGUUCCAUCUCUGUGUCUUAUUGGAACUUAUUGACCACAUCAUUGCUGUGAACAGGUGUACAAAUCAAUUUUUAGGGAGAAGGCAGAAGAUUACAGCUGCGUGAAAGAUGAGGGCUCUGGUGCUGGGGCUGUUUUUUUGUGUGACAUGGCCCGAUUCUACAGAGGCUCAGUUUCCUCGAGUCUGCAGCACGGUAGAAGGGAUCAUCUCAAAGCAGUGCUGCCCUGCUCUCGGCUCUGAUCCUGCUAAUGUCUGUGGCACUUUAUCUGGACGAGGAAACUGCUCCAAUAUCAGAGUCAGUACCAAACCCUGGGGCGGACCGUAUCGAAUGAGAAACCGAGAUGACCGUGAAAGGUGGCCAACAAAAUUUUUUAAUCAAACUUGCAGGUGCUUCGGUAACUUUGGUGGCUUCGACUGUGGCCAGUGUAAGUUUGGCUGGACAGGACCAAACUGUGACGUACGUAAAGCCCCGGUGGUGAGGAAGAACAUCCACUCUCUGACUCCAGCUGAGCUUCAGGAGUUUCUGGAUGUGUUGGACCGGGCCAAGAAAACCACCCACCCAGACUAUGUCAUUGCCACACAGCACUGGCUGGGCCUGCUGGGGCCCAAUGGAACCCAGCCCCAGUUCUCCAACAUCUCAAUCUACGACUUCUUUGUGUGGCAGCAUUACUACUCUGUCAGAGAAACGCUCCUUGGACCUGGACGUCUUUUCAAACACAUUGAUUUCUCCCACAAAGGACCUGCCUUUAUAACCUGGCACAGGUACCACCUACUCAGUCUGGAGAGAGACCUGCAGGCAAGAGUGAGGUCAUUUCUUUGUGGCCUUAUUUUUCUCACGAGUAUGUACGUUAAUGGGAAAUGUCUACAGAAUGUGUAUAGCAGAUUGACCUCUCUUCUGCAGAAACUGACUGGCAAUGAGAACUUUGCUGUUCCAUACUGGAACUUUGCCACAGGGCAGACUGAGUGUGACGUCUGCACAGACUCUCUGCUGGGGGGACGCAACCCAGACAACCCCUCCCUCAUCAGUAAACAGUCCAGGUUCUCCAAUUGGGGGGUGGUGUGUAACAGCAUGGAUGAAUAUAACCGCCUGGUCACUUUGUGUAAUGGGACCAGUGAGGGACAUAUAAGGAGAGGACAGGUAGGGAGGAGCAACAUGAGUCUUCCCACAAUGAAUGACGUCAGGAGCUGUCUCAGACUCAGAGACUUUGACAGCUCUCCCUACUACACUAACUCUACCUUCAGCUUCAGGAAUUCUCUUGAAGGCUAUGACAAGCCAGAUGGCGAGGCAGAGCUUGACUCCUCAGUGGACAACCUGCACAACCUGGUCCACUCCUUCCUCAAUGGAACCAGUGCUCUGUCUCACUCUGCAGCCAAUGACCCCAUCUUUCUAGUGCUCCAUGCUUUCACUGAUGCCAUUUUUGAUGAGUGGAUGAGGAAAUCUGUUCCACCAAACUCCAGUUUCCCCGAUGAGAUGGCCCCCAUUGGUCACAACAGAGAUUACAACAUGGUGCCAUUCUUCCCUCCUGUGACCAAUGAAGAGAUUUACGUUGCGUCUGACCAGCUGGGAUAUUCUUAUGCCAUCGCACUGGAUGAGAAUGACGGUAAUCCUGUAUUUGUCGUGAGAGCUACUUUGACAGGUGUUUUCGUGGGCCUACUGGCUGUGCUCAUGGUAGUCGUGGUUUAUAUGCUGCACCGGCGAAGAAAGCAUGGCUUUGAACCCUUAAUACAAUACAAUAGGAAGUACAUAGACAACUCUUGAACAUUUCUUGAGCGAAAGUCUACAGUAACUGAAAGAAAGCCUACGGUUUAUCUGAUUAAGCUUGUAUGCAAUGUUCAUAUUAACGUAAUACACAGUCAUACUUAUAGGACCAAUUGAAACGUACUGUAACUCAAGAUAAGUACUUAUUUCAUCAACAUAAAAUCCUGAGGGUAGAAUGUUUGAGACCUGUAAUAUUUAUAUUCAGCCAAUCAGAACCACACAAGGAAUGAACCCAUACAGAAUAAUGAACACUUACUGAAUAUUUAUUCAUUUAUUGAGAGCCCAUUUUCAGUUCCUGUUCUUCAAUGUUUGAUUCUGUGUCUUGGACAAAAAUGUAGUUUAUGUUUGAGAAUAAAUAUGUGUACACCCUUUGAUUCUGAUUCCAGUUAUGUUUCCUAUCCUUUGUUUUCAAUUAGGCCCCUUGCUUUUUAAAAUGUUUACUAACAACAUGCCACUGACUUUGAGUAAGGCCAGUGUGUCUAUGUAUGCGGAUGACUCAACACUAUACACAUCAGCUACUACAGCAACUGGAAUGACUGCAACACUUAAAACAAAGAGCUGCAGUUAGUUUCAAAAUGGGUAGCAAGGAAUAAGUUAGCCCUAAAUAUUUCCAAAACUA